GCAUGAGGUUGGUGCCGAGGAAAAUCAGUUACGUGUUCUCGUGCAACUACUAGAUCGAAGCAGUCUGCGUCAAUGGCUGCUCAGUUGUGACAACUUCCAGUUGUGAAUCCUCCUUGCAGCAGCUUCCGCUAGCCUCCCGACGACACGUCUUCAUGGACCCAUACGGAUCAGGAAUUAGAAGGCUGAGACCGCACACACCUCCCCCCCAGCCACUCAACCUCCGCUCAGAGGAGGACGAGCUGAGAGAGAAGAUUUCGCGUGUUGAUAGCAAGAUUUCUAGGCUCGAGGCAAAGAAAGAGCGUUGUUUAGGACGGCUGCAGGCCAUUGAGGUUCGCAAGGAGCAGCAUCAAGAUGCAGAGGGACAAUGACGACCAAGGGAAGAGACAUGUGCUCAUUUGGGAGGCAAGUCAGUGAAGGGAGAGCUGUAUUUUGAUAAGGAGGCAAGCUAGGGAAGGGAAUGGGAAUGAAAAUACGUAGAUACAAUAACGAGAGAAAUAUGAGGGAGAUCAAUUUUGAUGGUUGAGGUAGCUUUCCCAUUGUGAACCUCGGGCCUGUGUGUAUAUUGCAUGGAAAAUUAUAUAUUUGUAACACUCGCUUCUUGCAUUUGCACUGUGGACACAGCAGAGUCGGGACGGGAGGGAACACGGGAGCUGGGGGAAGAUGAGGGGUUCUGUCAAAUCCGUCUGACCAGCCCAAAUCAGGCUUUUUGUUCCUUGGGUGUCUGAGCGUAGGGCUGUAGUAUCUCGGACUCCCUAGGUUUAUCAUCGCAGACCGCACUUGUUUGGGACUCUCCUUCACGUCUUCGACGUUGGCGUGUCUGCGCCGUAGCGCCUAGUCGGCGGAGCGCGCGUCGCCAUGGAUUCCUGGAGGAGUUCCGUGGCUGGCGGAGGGGCCUCGCAGUACUCUCAGGGUUAUGGAUUACAGCAGCUGUCACAACAGCAGCAGCAGCAGCAGCAGCAGGUAGCGUCCGCUGCACCCGCUGCAGGAGCAGCAACGAACCAGUACUACACUUACCAGUCGCUGACUGGCUAUGGCACGCCGCAGCAACAGCAGCAGCAGCAGCAGCAGCAAGCGCAGCAGGCGGCACAGCAGCAGCAGGUUUCUUACACCCAGGGAACCUCGGCUGCGUCGGCCAACCCGUAUUCCGCCCUCGCCUCCUAUGCCACCACGGUGGACGGAACAUCCAAGUACUCAGCCGGGGCGGCGGCCGUCGCUGCCGCCUACGGCCUCGAUAUCUCCGGCGCUGCAGGGACCUCCGGCGCUACUACCGCUUCCGCGUAUGGCGCGUACGGCGCGGGGGGGACCGCUGCGACCCCCGCGACGGCGGGGGGAGCGUACGUCUUUGACGCCAAGACGGGGAGCUACUACCAGGACACGUCUGGAGCGUAUCAGCAGCAGGGCGCGAGUGGAGCAUCGCCCAUCGGUCUGGCGGCAGCCACGGCGUCCAUGCAGCAGGCCAUGGCGACACAGCAGCAGGCCAUGGUGACACAGCAGCAGGCCGCUGCAGCUCAGCAGCGCGUGUACACCACUACGGACGGCUACGGUCAGCAGCUCCUGGUAGCCGCCCCUACUGCCGCGUCAGUCGCAGGCGGGCAGCGCCAGAUCGUCUACACAACCGGCGUGCAGUACGACGCUGCUGCUGCGGCCGGCGGUGCCACGCCGGUUAUGCUGACGGCCGCUCCUGGGUAUGCUGCGAUGGGGGGAGGGGUGGGCGGGAUGGCUGCGGGAGCCGUUCCGCUGCAGCAGCAUAUGGCCGUGGCGAUGCAGCAGCACAUGCAGCAGCAGCAGCAGCAGCAGCAGCAGCAGCAGCAGCAGCAGCAGGCUCAAGUGCAGGCGCAUGGUUUCUCCCAGCCGCAUGUUGCACCCCAGGGCUACCAAGGCCGCGACUUCUCUGCUCCUAAGCCGUCCCCCGCUGCUGCCCGAGCCUCGGGCCCCGCUGCGGACUCCGGGUUCCAGGCCAGGGCUUGGCCCGGGGCUCGCGAUGAUUGGCCGAAACGGGAUGGGGAGAGGGGGAAGGAGGAGGAGUGGCGGAGGGGCGGAGAGAGGGAGCGAGGGGCGUGGGGGAGGGAUCGGGGGGCCGUUCAGGAGAGGGAGCGGGAGAGGGACAGGCCGAAGGAUAGGGAGCGGGAUAGGGAGAGAGAAAAGGAAAGGGAGCGCGAGAGGGAGAAGACAAGGGAGCGGGAGCGGGAGCGGGAGCGGGAGAGGGAGAGGGAGCGCGAGCGAGCUCGCGAUAGGGAGCGGAUCAGAGAGAGGGAGGAGAGGGAGAGGGCGCGUGAGAAGGAGAGGAAGGAGCGAGAUGGGGAUAAGGACAAGGAGAAGGAGAGGGAGGAGAGGAGGAAGGCAGGGGGCGGCAGGGAGGUCGCUGCUGGUGGAACGCCGAGGAGGGAUGAGCGCGAGCAUCACAGGCACAGGUCCCCGCCCCGUGACUACUAUCGCCCCUACACCUGCAAGAUCGAGCCCUUCCCGUUCGCUGAGGUGGAGAGGGGCUAUCUGAGCAUCUGCAAGCGCUACCCGCGCCUCUACGUGCCUGCUGACUUCUGCAAGGCCCGAGCAGUGUGGCCCACUCAUCCCACGCCGCUGCCGCUCUUCACUCCUGUCAGCUUCGAGCACGACACUGUUGAGGUAGACUCGGACGACCCGGCAAUUGCUGCUGCAACCGCUGCUGGGGCCUCCAGCAACGCUGCAGCAACUGCUGCUGCUGCUGCGUCAACUUCUCCCAGUGAUGUUGCAACCACAACCACAACCAAGGGAGACACAGCCGUGAAGGCUGAGCCAGAGGAGGGAGUCAAGGCCACAGAAGUGAAGGGUGAGGUUCAGGGCUUAGCAGAGGGCGGCACUCCCCCAGGGCACUCGGCUGCUCCUGCGACAGCGACAGAUGGGGAGACGUCACCAGCGGACAAGUUUAUGGCUGCUGCGAAUGAGAGUUGCGGCUUUGAAACGUCGCCUGCACCCUCUGCCUCUGCACCUUUUGGGCUGUCGCUGCCCAUGCUGUGGACUGUCAAGGUGCUGCUGAUGAGUGGCAUCGAUGCGCCGGCUCUCGCACAGAUCACGUCUGACAAGCCCCCUUCCCCCCACGACCGCCCCGCGCACACCAACCAUGCGCUCCGCUUCGUCUGCAUGCGCCGCGACCGCGACCCCAUCUCAGCCAUUGGUGGGCGCUGGGACGCAGAAACGGACGGUGGAGAUCCGAGCAGUGAGGACUCUGGGCUUGUGCGAGCUGCGAUCAGAUUUGUGAAGGCAACAGUCCGCGUGGAUCUCACAGCAUGCAAGGACUGGGUGCGCCUCAUCGAUGUGAUUUACAUGAGAGCUGAUGGCAACGGCAACCCGACCCAUCUAGAGACCGUGGUCUACCUCUUGCCAAACCUGUCGGAGUGCCUUCCGAGCCUGGAGGAUUGGAAGAAGGCUGUGAAAGAGCUGGAGGCGAAGAGGAAAGCGAUUGAGGAGAAGGAGAGGAAGGAGAAAGAGAGGAAGGAGAAGGAGAGGAAGGAGCGCGAGAAGGAGAAGGAAAAGGAGAGAGAGAAGGAGAGAAAGGAGAAAGAGAAGGAAAAGGAGAAAGAAAAUGACAAAGAAAAGGAGGAGAGUGGUAAGGAGAAGGAGGAGGAGAAAGAAAAGGAAGGCAGUAAGGAAAAAGAGAAGGACAAGCAGGAGAAGAAGAAUGAGAAGAAUGAAGACAAGGUGAAGGAAGGGGAGGAGGAGAAGGAAGGAGGCGCAGGGGCAGACAAGGAUGCAGCUAAGGAUGCGGCGAAGGAGGUCAAAGAGACCAAGGAAGGUGCAGAGGGUUCGGUUGAGGGGGAGAAAGCAGAGGGGAAGGAGGUGAAGGAGGGAGAUGCGAAGGAAGGGGACGCCAAGGAAGGGGAGAAGGAGAAGGAAAACGAGGAGGAGAAGAAGGAGAAAGAGGAGAAGGAGAAGAAGGAGAAAGCAGAGAAGGAGAAGAAAGAGAAGGAGGAGAAGGAGAAGGCAAAGGCUAAGGAGAUCACCAAUUCGGGUUUCGUCCUGGUUUCUUCUCGCUCCAAGAGCGUCAAGGUGAAGACACUGACGAUCUCUCUGGACGGGCUGCUGGACUACGAUGAAGAGGACAGGGACGAGUCCUCCUUUGAGCUGGGAGUGGUCGCAGAGAGCAUCAGCGAGUAUCUGCAGGAGCGAGCAGGGCGAACCAUCUGCACCCACCUGCAGUUCCUGUAUCCCCUGUCUCUUGUAAAGAGGGCCAAGGAGAAGGAGCGGGAGAGGGAGCGUGAGAAGGAGAGGGAGAAGGAGCGGGAGAGGGAGAGGGAGAGCCGUAAGCGCAGGCUGGAGGGUGAAGCCGCGAAGGAGAAGGUGAAGGAGAGUGAGAAGGCAGAUGAGAAGGAGGACAAGGCGGGAGGGAAGAGUGGGGAGGAGGGUGCAGCUAAGCGAGUAAAGGUGGAAAGCGGAGAGGGGGAUGUUGAAAUGGAGGUUGAGGGAGGGGAUGGGACGGAGGGUGCAGGGAAGGAGGGGAAGAAAGAGGAGGAGGAGAAGAAGAAAGAGCUGGUUGAAAUUGGUCCAGCCUAUAAGGAAGAGAAGAUGGAGGAAGAGGAGAAGAAGGCUGACGAGGGGACGGAAAAGAAAGAAACUGACGAUGAGGCAGUGAAGACAGAGGAGCACACGGAAGACAAGGGAGGGAAGGAAGUGGAGCAAGUGAAGAAGGAAGAGGCGAUGGAUGUGGAUGGUGCGGCGGUGGACAAGGGGACCAAGGCGGGUGAUGCGGAUGGGAAGGGAGGGGUCAAGGAGGAGGCAGAGGGGGAUAAGAAGGAGGAGGGCGAGAAGAAGGCCAAGGAAGAGGCAAAGGAAGUGAAGGAGGAGGACUCGUGGCCCAAGUCAUCGGUGGCCAUCUCUGACCUCAUCCUCGCCUUCCGUCAGUUUGAUCGCAACCACACCGACUAUCUCAAGUCGGAGGAUCUGCGCCGUCUGCUGCACUGCCUGGGGAUCAAUCUCAGCCACAGGAUGGUCAAGGAGCUGGCGCUGGUGGCGGUGGUGGAGAGUGGCAAGCACAGGGACGAGCGCGUCUACUACCGCGUCCUCGCGGCCCACUGCUGCUGAUGCUGCUCCUCUCACACCCUUGCACAGCUGCCCGUUUUGUUCCCUUGACUACAGCAACUGCUGCUGCUUGUCCAGGGCACGGUUUGCUGCCGCAGCGGCCGCCGCCGUUGCUGCUAAUUUGUCAUGCGCCUCUUUGCACUGAUUUAUUCAUGAGUCAUUAAGUCACCAGUCCUAACCACUGGGAUAAGAAGGGAUGCCAUCAGGAGGGUUAGGCUCCUUAUAACCACCUUCCCUGGGGAAAACCUCCCCAGUACCCUCCCUAGAGAUAGAGAGGAUCGACAGGGUUUUCCCAGUGCCACGACACUUAGUGCUGCAGGUGUUUGUCAUGUCUCACAGACCUCCUGUUGGUGUGUCAGAGAACCGGCCUUUUGUUUCAGUGCAUUGGUGCACCGGAUCAGACUCCAUGUCGGAUUUAUGAAGCAGGUUGUCAGGAGGAAGCAGUAGCAUGUGUAAUUGUUUGAUGCCCACCUUUUGAAGGUUCUCACUUGUCUGACUUU